AUGGUGUCACUGGGCGACGAGGAGUGGAAGAAACGUUUGAACGACUCAGGAUAUAAGAAUUGGCUCAAGGUUUCUCUUGCACUGAUUGAGUCAAAAGAAGCUCUUCAUGACUUCACUGAAAAUGUGAUUGUCGUCCUUCAUAAUGAUAUUAAAACCAGGCUAGGCUCGGGAAAAUGCACUACGCCGUCUGCUUGCAACAUGAGGAAAGGCGGUGGUAUUACUGGGAAAUCACCACCUUGCCCUAGCUGUGCCCAGUGGGUGAUUGAAAUAAAAAAGCAAAGCAACGGGCAGCUACAAUGGAAAAAUGCAGACCCAACAAAAUGGCACAACCUUCCUUGGGAAAUUGCGAAGUGCUUUAUGAAUGCCCAGGGUGCAAAAGCCACUGCAGCUGCAAACACAGGACCUGAUACGACUGACCUGUCUGGAAUGUUGAAUAUUCUUGUUAAUUGUAAAGAAAUCACACUUAAGCAUUUAAAGGAUAAAAAGUUGCCUAAAGACGUCAGAAAAGUGAGAAAUGAUCUGAUGCAUUGUGCGACAAUGUCGUUCAGUGAUGCAGAGAUGCAGGGCAUGGUUGAUAAGGUCAUUGCACUUCUUGAAGAUUACAAGGAAUUGAAGCAUUUGAAAAUCUGCCAAGAUAAAGUCAAAUUAAUUAAGUCAUUAAGAGAUAACGAGUUUGAGCUGAAGACGAAGGACGAACACGUAUGUAUUGAGACUGUAUUAGAAAGUCAUGCAUUGGCUGCUGAAUCGGGAGAUGAAGUCGAUAAGAGCAUGAUAUCAAAGCUUAGACAAUUUAUCAAAGAAAACAAGGACCUGGAAAGGAAGUUUGAUGAUAAAGUCAACAAGAUUGAUGAAAAACUGACAAAUAUGAAGCACAAGUAUGAUGCUGAGAUUUCAAGGGUUGACAUCGAUUUAGGUGAACUCAAAGGAAGAAUAGAAUUCCUUGAGAAGAAACUUGCAAGUGGACAAAGUUUUCCUAGUGACAAUCCUGCAAGUAAGGACAUGAGAUCAAGUCAUUUUACAAAAGUGCUCUAA